AUGUCCCUCCGAUCAGUUUGCAACAUCCGUUCGACUAUUCCCCGUACCACUCUCACCUUGACUCGAACCUACGCUGUCAAAUCCUCCUCUUCCUCAUCAGGUAAUCCCGCCCUCCACGUUCCAACAGACAGUCGAUCCGACCUACUUCGUCAAGUCCUCUACCCUCUCGAUUCGUAUUCACCCACUUCAUCAUCUCCAACCGGAACCUAUCAUGCAGAUCACCUGAAUCGUCUACAGGCAGUGAUCCCCUCGGAGGAAGUUCACGAGACCAUUGAGAGAGCUUGGCAACUGCGCCAACGUCACCUCCGUCAAUCCCGUCAGAAGAUGUUGGACGCAAAAUUCAAAGCUAUGGUGGAAGCUUGUAAUGAAUUAGAAGCUAUUACUAAUCCUUCUAAUGGGGGAAUUGAGAGUAAAGAAGGGAAGGGGGGAAAGUAUCAUAGAAGGAUAUACGAAAUUGCUACUUCCACUACACAUCAGGCUGAACGAACUGCCGAAGAAAGAUCUCAGAAAGGAAAGAAGAGUGUUGAACAGAGAUGGAAAGAAACCAGGAUACCUGGAUUGUUCCCUAGGGAAAGUUGGGUCCCCGUUGAAAGUAAAGGAAAAGGAUGGGAGUAUGAUUGGGUAAGACCUGGCUAUUAA